UGUAGGCAUAUGGCUUAAGCCUGUGUAGACAGAAGCAGGACUAGGCCUACUUCUACUUUCUCUUUUGCCUGAUGGUGGAGCCUCAGCCUUCCCAGGCAAUAAAGGUUUACCACGAAUCAAGAAAUAUCAACUGAGGGCACGUCACAACCAAGCAUGAUGGGAUUGAAAAAGAAAAAAAAAACAACAAAAAAACCACACAAUAUUUCCUAAUAAUGGCUAACGUAUUAAAAUGAAAUUCAGCAUUUUUUGAAAAAAAAUUGUGAUCGGUUAGGAUGACACUGCACUAUUGCCUUUCAACUAAUUGCCUUUCCCCCCUUUUCAAUUCCUAUAGGCGUAGGCCCCUAGUAAUAAGCAUUGCGGCUUUGAUUCACAAUCUAUUAUUUGCACACAUAGUACAUCAUAUUUAAUAAAUUGAUAUUCUAUUCAAUUAAUUCAUACCAUUUGAAUAAUCAAUGAAUGAAGAAUAAUUUUUAAAGUAUGAUAUAAAUAAAAAUGAAUGAUUAGAUUACAGUAGACCUAGGUGUUAGUUAAUAUUUAGAUAACUUAGGCAACAAGUUUAGACAAUCAUCAUAUUAUUAUUACACAGCAGUAUUUUUCUUCCUCCCCCUUCCCUCAAAACAGUUACUGGAUAUAUAAACAUGUACAUCUUGUGCAUCUUUCUUACUUAUUCACUUCUUUUAGAUGAUGACACCAGUAUCUGGGAUGAAGACUGCUUUCCUACGGAGAUCCUCCCAUGUAGCAUGAUGUAUAUGAUAAUUUUUAUUAGAUUGACCCUUGCAUUGGUGGAAAAAUAUUAAUGAUAUUGUGUGUGAUCAAAUUCAGUUAUUCAAUGACCUCCUUUAUAAUUAAGUUAUGUUAGCCUUCAAUUGAAAAAAUAAACUAUAAUUUUUUUCUUUUGUCAGUAAAAAGUAUGCAUGAUUUAGAUAAUAGGGGCCUACCAUAUUAUAUUCAUUUAAUGAGACCCAUAAAUUAAUUUAAAGAUGUUUGUACUGUACUCAAAAAUAAAUUGAUUCUAUUAAAUGUUGUACUUUAAUUUUCCAGGUUUUUCCAGAUCUUAGCACUGCUUUAAAUGACUAAGCCUCAGAGCUGUUUGGGUUUGUAAAGCAAUUUUAGCAGGCUAAGGAGUAUUUUCCAAAUCAGUUUUAAGUGAAUGAAACAUAUCUUACAAUAUGGCAGCAAAGGUGGAGAAUCCAAGACUGGAGGCCCAGUCUAGCAUGAUAACUAAGAAGAAAUCAAGUUUCUUUGAGCUGACACGACGCAAUUUCAAGCCAGGUAAUAGCUACAUAUCCAUGGCGUGUGCACCAAGUUUUGAAAACCUUGAGGAAUAUGAGCAUAGAGGUGAAAUUGAGGUAGAGAAUACAUAUAGAAUGGAUCCACCAAAAAGGUUUGUUGUUGAACAUGUGGAACCAAUAAUUCAAACAGCACUUGAGAAACACUUAUCAGACAUCUCAAUGUACGAUGCAACGGCCAUUGGUAGUUUGAGCAAAACAAUCGCAGGAGAAGUUAAUGAUCAGGUCAAGUUGUUAAACUUUGAAAGGUUUAAGCUUAUUUGUAUUGUAUACAUUGGUGAGAAACGUGAUCAAGAUGUGCGCCUUGGAAGCCGGUGCUUAUGGGAUUCACAGCGAGAUACAUUCGCAUCAGCUUCAUAUGAGAACACUGCCCUCUUUGCCUCAGCAACUGUGUAUGGACUUUAUUACGAGUAGAUUUGUGAUAAAAGUAAUCUUUAAAAAAAAUUGAAAACAUUUUAAUGAAUUAUUUACUGUCACUGCCAUAAAUGGCAAAAAAGCAUCUAAAAAUCUGUUUAAAUAAUUAUAUGACAAAUAUUUAAGGUAUUGAAAAUACGGGUUCAUGAGGAAUAGAAUUGUGUUCUGGUGGUGAAGUGCUCUAUUUCCAAUCUGAAGUUACUGGUUCAAUCCUACAAAUACCUCAGGAUAUUCUCAACUAGACUCCACUCAGUCUCAUAAAGAGACUUGGGUAUAGAGCACGUCACAAUUGGUCAGCUCUCCGCUCCCCUCUUGAGAAUUUUUUAAAGAGCAUUGAGGGUCUUUAAUUAUCAAAUACCAUUGUUAGGUAUGGUUGUGAGAUUUUUAUGGUUUAUUAUGCAUUAAUUCAUUCAAAGUUACAAGAUAUUCAUUGAAUUAUAGUCAAUUUUCAAAUAUCCAACUUGUGUGGGUUAAAAACUUGCGCAUGAAGUUCCACCUUCCUAGUGUUGAGUUUGUGUGGAUGAAAUGAAAAUUGGGGCGUUUAGUUUGCAAGUUGGUGUGAGAUGUUGGCCCAAAUUGUAACUGAGGUCAAGAGGAUAAUAAUAUAUGAAAGACACCAUAAGAUGUUACGGAAAGUGGGGAGGGGAAGGGGUGGUGAGUGUUGGGGAGGUUUUGCAAAUUCAGUAUCCCAACAUCUUUUUUCGAUGAGACUUACUUUUGGAGUAUGUUCUAUUGUCCUGAGAGUGUGAAAACUCUAUUCUUUAUAUUAUUUGAGUAUACAGUAGCAAUUAAAUAGAAGAGAGAGCAAGGAAAAGGAGAUGUUUGAAGCUUAAGGAGGCCUCCUUGAGGGCCUUUGAAGAAAAAUAGAACCACUCUUACCCCUGUAAUUACAUAUUGUACUUAUUGGUUGUUUUGUUUAUCUGGACUAUUUGGGCAAAUUUAUUGAACAUACAUUAAGUAUGUACACAUUUAGUGGAUAAGACUGUUUUCAGGGCAACUCAUGUAACAAUGUAAUUCUUUACAUUGUUAAACAAGUUUAAUGUAAUUUGAUAUACAUUAUUUGCAUCUAAAAUUAUAUAAAACAAUAUAAUAUUUACAAUAUUAAAGCAUAUUAUAAACUGUUCUAAAAUGCUAAAAUUUAAAAGUACUAAACAAUAAAAUAUGAAAAUGCCAAUUUUUUCACUAAGAGGGCUGAAAGUUUCCCUAAGAAUUAAAUGAUUCUUUAAUUUUUACUUUAAAAAUGUACUUUAAUUACAAUCUUCUAAAAGCAUCAGUAUUUUAUAUUUAUGUAAAUACAACCCUAUUUAUACUGUAAUGUAAUAGAAAUAGUUUUUCCCCAAGUGGCUUUUUUUCAACAUUUAUUUCUGUAUAUAUUUCUUCAAGAACCAAAAUAUUAUAUACUAUUAUACAUGUGCAUGCAUUUUACAGGGCAAUAUAUUAUUCAUUAAGACUUACAUAAUUACUUAAGUUUAUAACAUUGAUGGCUUAUAGACUUUGAAAACUCAAUUUGUGCAAUGACUUGAUAUAUUUAUUGAUAAUUAUUUUAAUUACAUCCAUUUAUAAUUAUGCUACCCAUGUUUUAUUAUUAUUAUUAUUAUUAUUAUUAUUAUUAUUGUUAUUAUUAUUAUUAUUAUUAUUAUUAUUGUUAUUAUUAUUAUUAUCUCUUUUGAUUGGCUAUAAAACAACCAUAAAAUAAGCCCACUUCACAAAUAUGAAUUCAGCCUUGCUACCAUCCCCAUAUUUUUUAUUAGAUCAUAAUUGAGCAAUGUCUGUUGCGUUUGUUUUUAUUCCACCUCACUAGUGGAAAUCCACAAUAUCAUUAUAAUAAUGGUAACAACAAUGAUAAUGUAACCUUCUUCACUAAGCUUUGUAUAUUCUGGUAAUAUGUGAGCUAAAGCUGUUAUAGCUUGACUUAGGCAAUACACAUCAGGUGAUGAAUUUAUACCAUUUUUUUAUCGUGUUUACACUGUUACAAUUUCAAAGUUUCAGAAUUUUUAAUGUUAUGUUAAUAAAAAAUAAUUUAGAUAAAGA